UCCAAUUUCUUGGUUGUUGCAGAAGCGUGAAACCCCAAAAAUUAUUCCAGACCAAAAAAUGCUUAGAAACACGUCAAUAAGUAUGGCGCUCGCAUUAUCUAUCUAUUCACGCACUAAAAUCGCAUCUUUGCUUUGCACCACUCUCCAAUCAAGAAUUUUACAUUUAAUCAAUCUUCUUCACUCUCCUCCUUUACAUGGAAGAUUUCUCACCCGACACAAGAACAAUCAGAGUCUCAUAUUCCGAUCCAGACGCCACCGAUUCAUCGUCGGAUGAAUCCGAGGAAACCCGGAAGAAAUCGAAGAGAAAGGUCCACGAAAUCGUUCUUGAAAAUGCGAACAAGAAAAUCAACUUUGGUUGUCCCGAUUCUGACCCAUCUCCCGUCGAAUUGCUCAUGGGCUGCAAGAAACUUCGCGGGCCGGCGGCGAGAACGAAGUUCGUCGGGGUACGGAGGAGAAAUUGGGGCAAGUACUCUGCUGAAAUUAGGGACCCGUUUGCGAAGAAACGUGUUUGGCUGGGCACCUUCAGCACCGCGGAAGAGGCUUCCAGGGCUUACCUUUCCAAGAAAGUUGAGAUUGAGGAGAAGCUGAGAGCGAAACAGGGAUUUAAUUGGGUUCCCUGUGAGACACAAGAUUCUCCGACCUCGGUUCUGGAAACUGAGACCUCGGAAACAUCGAAUCCAGAAAGUAAAAAAGUCAAAUUCGGGUUUUUCCGCGGUGUGCAGGUAGUUGACCGGAAUGGGUUCUUGAUGGGGGAGUUCAGCAAGCUCGAUGAUCUCAGCAUCUGCACAUCGGACGAUGAUGGAUUGUUGCCGGGACAUCAUAAGUCUUGACGUUUAACUCGAAUGCUUGUUUGGUUGUUCCUGAUUUUAGGUUCUUGCAUUGAGCAACUAGCUUACGCAUAAUGUGUGUACAUACUGUAACAUAAUCGCACUAAUUAUUAUUUCUCUUUAUAUGUUGGAUCA